AUGAGAGAAGCAGCUUAUCAGGUAAUGUUAGAAGACCAUAUCUUAUCCAGUUCGAAAUUAAAGCCUUAAACUCUUGAAAUCUGGGCGUGCUACAUAAUUUUCCUGUUUUCAGUCACAAGUUCUUCUCAUCGAGAAAUAAUUCCUCCGUUUUAUAUUAUUUAUAGCCCACAGCAUAACAUGAAGUCUGUUUAGGUGUGCCAAUCUUAUGGAAAACGUGAUCAAAACAUUUAAUAGUGCAUGCCUAUUGUUAUCGAUUUUACAACAUCUUUCAGGUUUGUUUUUUUAGGUAUGCUAACUAGAUUAAAAAGUCUUUCUUUUUCAAAGGCUUGUGUGAAUAUUAUGUUAAAUAAUCCCCCAAACGACUCCGAGAGGAAUAUUCUACAAUAUUCACUGAACUUAAUGGCUUUAUUAUAAUUGCUCAGGUGUUUUCGAAUUUUAUGGUAAAUUCGUUUUGAUGCUAAAAUCAUUCUGUUACAAUUGUUUUGGUUACUCGUAUCAAGAUAAGAAGCUAGUUUCCGCUAGAAUUUAACAGGCUUAUUUGAUUCAAUCAGCAAAAAUUUCCUACAUUUGUUUUGAAAAGUGUUAAGCCAAACUUAUUAGCAUCUUUUGUGCUCUUCAGAAUUGUAUUUUCUUUCACCGCGUUUAUCAUUUUCUGCGUAACACUGUAAAACGCGAGGCAGCCGUUUAAAUUUUUUUGUACCUCUACUAUAUUAACCUCGCGCGAGUGAUUCUUGCGAGAUAUGACGCAAUACUCGACCAAUCAGAGCGCGCGCAUCUCUUUAAUCACCGAAGUAAUUAUACUAUGUUUUUUUGGGCUUUGUUCUUUUAGGUUAUUUUUUUUUAAUCAUUGAUUUUAGCUAUGUUAACCAUUAUCAUUAUUGUUGUUAGCGAUCGCAUUAGUGUCAUUAUAGGAGAUGAACUUUGUUCGUUUGUCUCACAACAGAGUCACUUAUGAUGUAGAUCGCGACGUUUCGACUGCAAUACCGUGGUCCUCCGACAUACCAACUGUCUAAGUACCUGACGACAAUACUACAACCGCUCACCGACAAAUCCAGACGAAAACCACAAUCCACCAAGGACUUCAUUAAAGCCACUAAGACUGUACAGAUACCUGACGACUACAAACUAGUGUCAUUUGAUGUGAAAUCGCUUUUUACAAGUAUUCCACUUCAACUGGCACUACAAUGUACCGAGACUGCUAUCCAAUAAUCUACCGACAGAGGACGUUAUGGACUUACUAAAACUUUGCUUGGCAUCAGCUUACUUUCAGUACAACGGUAAACACGACAAACAGUUACACGGUACAGCUAUGAGGCUAUAAGGCUUUCAAAGAACAACUGCAACGAAGACUUCAUCCAACGUAACACUCACCGACCCACUACUACUACCGAAGUUAACGACAACGGAACUCCUACGACCACAGUAACUAUACCAUCUUCAGUUACAGCACCAACUACUUUCAACGGCUGACCCUAGAAAGCUGGUUUACUAACUUGGAACAAACUCCCCAAACAACACAACAGCCGAUUUAUGAGGACUUAAGAGGGAAUACCAUUUAACGACCGGAAUAAUAAUGAGGAUCGAAAUGCACCAAUACCAGCGUAACAAUGUGCUACAAAUAGCGACACGUAAACAAACCUCAUCGCCUGAUGAAGACUAACAGUAUUGCGGUCGAAACGUCGCGAUCUACAUCAUAAGAGAAUAUCGUGAGACAAACGAACAAAGUUCAUCUCCUAUCUUACACCACGAUGAACAAUAGGCACAUAUUUUAUUACAGUGUCAUUAUCACUAUAUUUUUGGUAUCGUUAUUGCUAUAAUCAUCACUGUCAUUAUAAUUAUUAUUAUCAUCAUCAUCACCAUCGUGGUUGGAACUAACCUCCUCUUUUAAUACAACUCUCGUUUUAAGGGUAUACAUCCUUACAGUAAACUUACUAAGAAUCACCAAGAAAGUUAUUAGCUGUCUCGUGAAGUCAAUUAUACAUUUGCGAUGUAGAUUAAUUAGUCUAAAUUGAAAAAGAUCAACUGACAGCUAUAUCAACUGACUGCUAGAUGUGACAGUGCACGAAAUACGAGAUGAUGGUAACAUUAAAGAGAUCCACAGGGUCACAGGGGGACCUUAUGGUGGAAUGUAUGUCAACCAGCAGUUUGAAACUCUUUUGGAAGAGUUGUUUGGUAUACAAAGAAUUCAAAAGUUCAAAAAGCAACAUCCAUCUGAUUGA